AUGGGUCGUGGAAAAAUGAACAUGAAAUUCAUAACGAAGGAGAAGAUUCGUGUCUCAACCUACCAAAAGCGAAAAAAGGGUUUGAUAAAGAAGGCUCACGAAUUCUCCAUUCUUUGCGGUGUUGAGACGUGCGUAAUUAUUUACGGGCCCCAAUUGAAGGAUGGCCCUGCUAAGCUUGAGAUUUGGCCUUCAGAUCCUGCUAAAGUCAUGCAUGUCAUCAACAAAUACAAGGGAAAGCCUUUGGAUGUACGUGAAAGGAAAUGCUUUAACGUGUUUGAUUUCUUUGCAAUUCGCCAAAAGAAGCUUGAUGAUGAGAUUUGUAAAUUGCGUAAAGCUAAUAUAGAUGCCAAGUUUUCUACAUGGGAUGAUCGUAUCAACAACUUCUCGAUCAACCAAAUUUGGGCACUUCUUGCUAGGUUUGAUUCAAACCUGGAAGCUGCAUCCAAGAAGAUCAAGAUGAUAAAGGGAAACCAUCAGUGUCUGAUUGAAGAUUCAAAAUCAGGGAUAUUGACUGGUCCUAGUACACAAGCAAGACUUAAUCAUUCUAAUCAAGCUCGACCCUGCUUGUUUCAAAAGAAUUUGGACUUAGAAGUCACAAGCCGGCAACAACCUAUGUCAGGACUAAAACCAUUUGACAUGAAUAUUGUGCCUUCCUUUUACCCUUUUGUUUCUGGUGAGGCUCUCCAAAUGCAGCCCUUCAAUGUAAAUCCUAUCGAUAAUUCGAUGAUGCUGUCCACAAACGGUUCGGAUUUCACUCAAGUGGAUGGGGAGUCUAGUAGCAGCAUAACUUACAGUUCACUUUCACCCCAAGCUUGUUAUGAUCCAUCAGCUUCAAUGCUGGACAAUGUGAUGUUCAAUAACCCUUGGGGAGUCCCGAUUUGCUUCUACGGUCCGUUUAUGCAGGCAAUGACACCCUUUGGGCAGUCUGCAAUGCCAAGCUUUCCUUUUCAGUAUGGGGAAAUCUAUCGUGACGCCGAUGAUCAGUGCGGAUCAAAGAGCAAGAAACCAAAGUUUUAG